GAAGAGAGUACAAUCACCCUACCUUGUUCUCACCAGAUUUACAACAGUAUACCGGAGACUUUGAACAACAUGGCACCUCCCUCUGCUAUAGAGGAGAUUGAGGGUGUCGUACAACGAAUUGUGAAGGACGACCAUGUGAGAUGGUGGAACAAGCCCAACCUCCGGUCUCUUUACCUCCUCCUCGUCCCGUUCUGCCUCUUCAUUGAAUCGACCUCGGGCUUUGAUAGUUCUAUGAUGAACGGCUUACAAGCGCUCUCAUACUGGAAAGAGUACUUCAAUCAUCCAAAAGGUGGGCAGCUUGGCCUACUUGUUGCGUGUUACAACCUGGGGGCAAUGACGAGCAUUCCAUUCGUGUCCAUUGUGAGCGAUCACGUGGGUAGGAGAUGGAGCAUUGUAUUCGGAAGCACUAUUAUGGUCAUUGGAAGUAUCAUGCAAGGUCUUUCUCAAAACCUUGCAAUGUUCAUUUUCUCCCGCAUCUUUCUGGGUCAUGGUAUUGUAUACGCCAUCAUCGCUGGGGCUGCUUUGUUAGGAGAGCUCGGUCAUCCGAAAGAGAGAGCGUUUCUUGGGGCCAUGUUCAAUGCGUUCUAUGGAUUCGGCGCGUUGCUUGGCGCAGGAAUCGUCGUCCGUACUGUGACUAUUCCAAACGACUGGUCGUGGCGCCUACCAUCGACCCUGCAAGCCUGUCCAUCGGUGAUACAGAUUGUUUUUGCCUUCUUCGUUCCAGAAAGUCCAAGAUGGCUCGUCUCCAAAGAUCGUAGCGACGAAGCUCUUGCUAUCCUCAUCAAGUAUCAUGCCGAAGGCGACGCUUCGCAAGAGCUACCUCAUGUUGAAAUUGCAGAAAUUAGGAAAGCACUCGAGAUUGAAAACGACAGCCGUAAAAGGGGAUGGAGCGAAUUGUUCCAAACCCGCGGCAUGCGCCGCCGCUCUCUGGUAGCUGCCGCCCUCGGGCUGUUUGUUCAGUUCAGUGGGAACAAUCUCAUCUCGCAAUACCUCGUGCCAAUUCUCGCCAAGAUUGGCAUCGAGGAUUCGCACACACAAGUGCGCUACAAUGUUGGCAAGGAAGCUUGGGGCCUGGUCGUUGGCAUCGUCAUGGCGGGAAUCACGCCAAGAUUUCCAAGGAGGCGCAUGUACCUUAUCGGUGCGAGUUGCUUGUUGGCCGUUUACACGGCGUGGACGAUUGCCCAGGCGCGGAACCGCAUUACCGGCAGCAAGGAGAGCGGAAUUGCAGUGCUAGUGAUGAUCUACCUAUACAGUCCCGCAUAUUGUAUUGCAUACAAUGCGUUGACGUAUGUGUACAUGGUUGAGAUAUUCCCAUACUACGUCAGGACCAAGGGGCUGUCCUGGUUCCAGCUUUGGGCUAGGUCUGCUGUAAUGUUCAGCAGCUUCGUCAAUCCCAUCGGCCUUGAGAAUGCGGACUGGAAAUAUCUCUUGGUAUACGUGUGCUGGCUGUGCUUCGAGGUUGUGUUCAUCUUUUUCAUCUUCCCCGAGACGUUUGGAAAGACAUUGGAAGAAUUGACCUUCCUAUUCGAUGACGAGAAGGACGCGAAAGAGCAGCUCUCAGCCAGUGCCCACAAGGCGUUGGGCAAUCCUACGACGGUCGAGAUUCACCAAACUGGCGAGAAGGCAGCUUAGUUGCAACGAUACGGACAUGGACAUAGGAGGGUGCUUCGAUUGAUGCAAAUGAUGAAGGUCAUAACUAUCGCUGUGUG